AUGGGCUUCGGAGGCUUGGAAGGCUUGGGAGGCAUGGUGAGCCAGGCAGGACUAGGACUCCGGCUCACCAUGCCUCCUGGAGGCCCCGGAGGCUCCGGAGGGCCGAGGCCUUGGCGAGUCGCCCUCGCUGCAGGAGACUCCGCAGUUCGUCCACAUGACGGGCAGGUAGUCGGAGCAUUUGGCUAUCGCAAGCUUCAGCGGGUGGAGUGGGCGACAGUCACGGUCGCUUCGAUUGCCUUUGUAUGUCUGCUGGCACGCGCGCCGGGACCGUGGCGCUCUGCCGCUGGGACACUGAUGUCGGCAAGGCAGCAUGUCAGGAUGCUGCUGUGCAGCCUGAGCAUGAUUUGGCUCGGUGGAUCUUUCUGGGCCACUCUUCUACUACUUGGGGUGUUGUGGAAGAUGACUGCUGCAAAGCCAGAGCUUCAAAAAGCGUCGAGCAUUCUCCCAUCCUCUUUGAGCAGGAUUGUGAGGCUGGAGAAGCUAUCGCUUCAUUUGCUGAAGUCGGAGUUCGAGGGGGAGGCCGAUACUUCCAAAGAAAAAACGGCGAUGCUUUGUUGCCAUGGCUUCGGUGCGAAUGGGACUUCCUACGAGGAGGUGCUGCCCCUUUUCCUAAAGUCGGGCUUGGCCUCCGUGGUGCUGUGUCCGGACCAAGUGGGCUUCGGGCUGACGGAGAGGCCCAAUCUCGUCUUCAGACGUGGGAUGUCCUUCCAGACGGACACGGAGAAGGCGACUUUGGGCGACCUCUCCGCAGCCCAGAUGUACACGCUCACUGGCAAUGCCAUCCUGGCUGGCGCCUUGCUGGACAGGGAGUCGGAUCAGAGGAACUCGCUGAUCAUCGGCCACUCCAUGGGAGCUAUCACGGCUUCAGCGGUCGCCAUAGCCAGGGCGGGUAGAGAUCCCGGCUCCGUUGCCCUGAUUUUGGAGAGCCCCGCAUUUCUGGUGAAGCCGUCCAGCGAGUCAAGGACUAGAAGACUGGGACGCGCUGCGGUCCUGGGCUUGAGACUGCAGCGUCUCUUCCUGCGCUUCGUGCUCCAACUCCCAGGUCUUACAUACAACAGGCUUUUCUGGCGCAGUGGAUUGGCAUCUGCCUAUGCCGACAUGGAUGCGGUGCGUUUGGACAAGCAGGUCCUCCUGUACCGUUGGCCAAGCCUCUGCGAAGGGUGGGCGCUGGGCUUGGCAAACUUCGUGUCAGCGCGGCUGCUCUCCAUCGGCGAGGAUGCUUUGGUACUGCAGCGGCUGGUCGAUGCAUGCAAAGCUGGCAAGCUUCGUGUGCUGAUCGUAACUGGAGACAAGGACCUGCUGCAACCCCUUGCGGAUCGGAAGAACCACAUUUGGUCACAUGGGCUCAGAGGCUCAUGUCGUCCUUUCUUGCUCUUCUGCGGCGCUUCAUCCGGGCUGUCGCUUCACGCAGGACCGAGUGGUUCCUCUUGGGAACAGCACACGCUUGUCAGAGCUGCUGGGAUGUCGGCUGCAGACGAUCCAGGCACAUAA